GGCGGCCACGGUACGGGUCGGGCCGGGGCCGGGGCGUGUUCUCGUCCUGCGGCGGAGGGAAGCCGAGUGUCGGCGCCGGAGCGGAGCGGACACGGCCUCGGACACGCGGUUGGCGUUGAGACCGCAGGGCUUCCUCCCUCAGCUCGGUGAAGGCGACGUACGGCUGCGGCUGUUAACAUGAGAACCACCGGUGAAAAGGCAGAGGUGUUGAGUGUGAUUGGUGUCUUCGGCACGUUGUUAGUCACUGUCAGUGCUCUUUACUCAGCGAGUGAUGAUGUUGUGGAAUUAUCCCCAAGUAACUUCAAUAGGGAAGUUAUUCAAAGCGAUGAACUGUGGCUGGUGGAGUUCUAUGCACCAUGGUGCGGGCAUUGUCAGAGUUUGGCCCCAGAGUGGAAAAAAGCUGCAUCAGCCUUGAAGGGAAUAGUAAAAGUUGGAGGAGUAGAUGCAGACAAGCAUCAGUCUCUCGGUGGGCAGUAUGGUGUUCAAGGAUUUCCAACAAUAAAGAUCUUUGGAUUAAACAAAAACAAACCUGAUGAUUAUAAUGGUGCUAGGUCUGCCCAAGGUAUCACUGAUGCAGCACUUAACACUUUGAGGUCAAUUGUCCGGGAUAGACUCGGAGGCAAGAGUGGCUCAAGUUCUGGCAAAAAGAGCGGUGAUAGUAAAUCUGGUAAAAAGGAUGUGAUUACAUUGACGGAUGAUAACUUUGAUGAAAAUGUGAUCGGGAGCAGCGACAUUUGGAUGGUGGAGUUCUAUGCACCAUGGUGUGGGCACUGUAAGAGGUUAGAACCAGAGUGGGCAGAAGCAGCCACUGAGGUCAAAGAGCAGACAGGUGGAAAGGUCAAAUUGGCUGCAGUGGAUGCCACAACUAGUCAGGCAUUGGCCGGUCGGUAUGGGAUUCGUGGAUAUCCCACCAUCAAAAUAUUUCACAAAGAUGAAGAUAAUCCUAUUGACUAUGAUGGUGGAAGAUCUAAAAGUGAUAUUGUUGCUCGUGCUCUUGAGUUGUUUGCUGAAAAUGCCCCCGCUCCAGAAAUGAAAGAGAUUACUAAUGAGGAUGUACUGAAGAAGACAUGUGAUGACCAUCAACUCUGCAUUGUUGCUGUAUUGCCACACAUCUUGGACACUGGGGCUUCUGGGAGAAAUGAUUAUUUGGACGUAAUGAAGGCUAUGGGCAACAAAUACAAGAAGAAGUUCUGGGGUUGGCUAUGGACUGAAGCAGGUGCGCAGGCAGAGCUUGAAGAUUCUUUGGGUAUCGGUGGAUUUGGUUAUCCAGCUAUGGCUGCGAUUAAUGCCAGAAAAAUGAAAUUCGCUCUGCUGAAAGGCUCCUUUAGUGAACAGGGCAUCAAUGAGUUUUUGAGGGAGUUGUCAGUUGGGAGAGGUUCAACCUCUCUUGUCAAAGGAGCUGCAUUCCCCAAAAUUUACAAUGUAGAUCCCUGGGAUGGUAAAGAUGGUCAGUUGCCAGUCGAAGAAGACAUUGAUUUAAGUGAUGUAGAUCUUGACGAGUUUGACAAGGACGAGCUGUGAACUAAUGGCAUGGCAGACAGUACCCUUUAUCUGAAGCAUUGGACUGAUCAUCUGUCUGCACCAAAGCCUUAUUUCAUCUUUCUGGCUUUAUGUAUUUCUACUGUAACCUGUAAAUAAGUUUCACUGGAUUUUUCUAAAAAAAAAAGAUUGAAUGUUAUGUUUCAAAUUUUUACAUAAACUGAUUUAAUAGAUCAGACAGGUUGCCAUUUACUGUACAUUGUUACAUUUCACUAUUUAAAUGGUUUCUCAAGUCUCUUCUAGUGGGUGGGAUGUGGUGCAAACCUGCAUAAUGUAUUUUUGACAUCCCUGCAUGUAUUUGAACAGUUCUUGUUCCAAAGAAAGUGAUCUGUCCUACAAAGGACAAGUAAGAUCUUGGUGAUUUAGCCAUUAAUUGGGAGUAAGCGUCUGGAACUUUGGAAUUUUGCAUUGAUGAUACAUUUUGUUUAGGAUGGAAUUCACAAAAUAAAUCUAUGUUUCAGCUCUUUGAAACAGGUUUGGUAGUAAUGGAAGUAUGGUUAUUUUUAUUAAUGUUGCAUUCUAGAGGUUCGUAUCUCCUUUGGAACACACUAAGACGACUUGCUUUGUUCCUGAUACAUUUGGUCCUCUUGCUAAACUACAAGUAAUUUUAAUCCUUGUCCAGAAUAAUUGCCACAGGAUUUGCUUUGAUAUCCAGUCAUUGAAUUUGUGGAAUAUUUGUCAUUAACUAGCACUAACUUUCAUUGUUUUCAAAAUUAAUUAUGGAAAUCUAUUUUCUGUUUUGAUUUUGAGAAAUUACACUUCAUGGUGUUAGGUGAGCGUCUGUGUGUGGCAUUGACAGAAGACUGACCUUGAUUCAGUUAGAACUUAAAAUUUUUUUUGUAUUGAUCUGCAUUAAAGAAAGGUUAAUGUGCAUAAAUUGUUUACUACAAGUUCCCAAGAUAAAGACCAAAAUAAUACCUGUCUUUGAAAUGUGUCUGCUUAAUAUGAAACAGGAGGCUACUAAUAGGCCCUCAUCCUUCUCCUUAUCCCUGUAAUUUGUUCUCUCUGUCCUUCAACUCCCCUUAGAUCCUUUGUCACUCAUUUAUACUUGGAGAUUUGUAAAAACCAGUUAACCUACCAGCUCACCUUUGUGAUAAAACUGUUAGUAUCUGACACAGACCCACAGUCAUGGGGAGAACAUGCAAACUUGAACCGUUCAAGAUAGUGACUGAACUCAAGUUUAUGGACCUGUGGUCUGCCUUGCCUCAUUAGACAAUACUGAUGUCUGCAGUUUUUGCAAAAGUACAAACUGCAUUGCAGGUUACUUGGGGUUAAUCAAUUUAAAUAUUACAAUAGGUUCCUAAUUUUAAGGAUAAUCAUGGGAGAGUUAGACCUUUAACAUUCAACACAAUAUAAUGAAUAUAAAUAAUUUUUUUUACAUUGUGUCUCAUUUCACAUGGGUACUGGAGCAGAAGCCCCAUUUCUAGCCUGCAGCUUUCAACUGUUCAAAAAUUGCAAAUGAUGGCAGUAGAUAAUUAACUCAGUAGCACAUUUAUAUAAUAAGGAUGCGCUUGCCGUAUGGAGAUGCUGUUGAGAUUGACAUUGGUGUUACUGACAAUCAAGACCUUAAAAGAAGAGGAAUCUACAGCUUACAAUAACAAUUGGGUGGAGAUAUCUUUGAACAUUUCUGUUAGUUCCAAAAACAUCUUUUCUGAAACAAUUGUAUUUACUUGAAAAUUUACAUUUCUUUAAAUUGCACGUAAACUAAAACCAGAUGUAUUAUUAACAUUGAUGCUUCCUGGUGGGGAAAGAAUUGUAGGCUUCAGCUAUUUCCUCUUAAUAAAGUAAUUAUUUUCUUUAGCUAGA